ACGCUAGAGUGACCAUUUGUUGAGACCGUCAGUGAAAGCAGUUAUACGCCUACUCAGGAAAUCAGAUAAUUCAUUACUACUCUACAGUCAGAUGUUAAAUUAUUCCACCGUGGAUUAUUUAGCCCGCGGACGCCUCAUCAGUGUUUUUAGCGAAAUGAAGUCGUUUGUGUGGCACCCUGAGAUCCGGAGCUGAUGGCCAACUACAGUAUGCGGUUUACUGGGAACAUAUAUGACCAUUUCUGAUCGGAAGCACACUCAGCCAUAGUUUGCUCCAGAUAUGGUAUCGUUGACCAUUUUUUCUGCCUCUGGAUCUUUGUCAAACCUUCUGAAUUUUUACACUUGAGCAGGACCGAGUGGGUUUUGGCACAUUAGUAUGCGUGCUCGAGGCGCAACAUGUCUUUGUGCAUGAGUGCUGGGCAUUCAUAACUGAUCUGGGGGAAAACAAGGGGAAACUCCCCCUCUGAAGACUUCUGAACAAUGACCGGACCAAACACCACCAGCAGCGGCUCAACGGCCAAGAUCAGCAGACACGGUCGGUCCAAGAGCACCAGUACUCACUGUCACAAUAACGUUACCGGUCCGGCUGCUGAAUCCUCCUCAUCCACUGCCGCGAACAACACCGGUAGAUCCUCCGGUGAGGAGGACGAGAAAGACGGCGGUGUCCCGUUUUUCGUGAACAGGACGGGCUUUCCCAUAGACACCAUCACCUGGGAGAGAAUGUGGUCACACGUCACUAGAGUUCAUCCUGAUGGAAAGGACAUGGUGGAUAGAAUAAGAAAUGCAACACACAUCCCUAAACAUCCCGUGCCAUCGGUUCCAAACUUUAAGCCAUCGAUGUCUGUGCCUGAUUGGCUCCAUGCCGUCCAGAACUACAUGAGAAACUUGCAAUACAACCAUACGGGAACGCAGUUCUUUGAGGUUAAGAAAACCAGACCUCUGAGUGGGUUGAUGGAGACCGCCAGAGAGAUGAUACGAGAAUCCCUUCCCAUCAAAUGCCUUGAAGCAGUUAUCCUUGGAAUCUACCUAACCAACGGUCUGACCUCCGUGGAACGGUUCCCCAUCAGCUUUAAGACCCAGUUCUCUGGCCACCACUUCCAUCACGUGGUGCUGGGCGUUUACUGUAAUGGCCGAUAUGGCACCCUGGGUAUGAGUCGACGUGCUGACCUCAUGGACCGAUCUUUGAGCUUCCGUACUCUGAGCGAGUUGGUGUUCGACUUUGAGGACUCGUACCGCCGCUACCAGCACACCAUGAAGAAGAUCAAAAUUGGCCUGUACGUGCCCCACAAUCCACACGUUUUCCAGCCUAUUGAGUGGAACUAUCUGGUGAUCAACGCCUGCAAGCAGGGCUGUGAAGACAUGCGCAAAGAGCUGGAGAAGCAUGGCCGUGACAUGAGGAUGAAGAUCCUCAAGUCUUCCAGUGCUCAGUCUCCAAUCAAAGAACGAACCCGAGGCAAGUCUUUAUCACCGCGCCGCCGAGCAGGCAGCAGUCCCCAAAGACGGCAACAUGUCCACAGAAGAGACAAAUCGCCAGCAGCACUGGACAGGAAGCCAGCAGAGCUCAGCACCCUCGGUGAUGGCUACCAGAUCCGCAUCUAAGACACUAAACGUACCAGCUUUAUCCUUCACACGUCCUCCCUCAGUCAGAUCCACACAAGAUGGUUUUAAACAAUAUUUAAUGCACAUUGUAAAAUGUACAGCAUAUUGAACAUAUUUAUAGUUGUACUUUCAUGUCACUUCUUAAAAUCAAGAGCAAAAGUUAAAAGCGAUUUAAAAAAAAAAAGUUUUUAAGAGAAUAUGAUGUUCCUUUUCUAGCCAUAACUUUUUUUUAAUAGUGGAACUUUUAAGAGUGAAGGAUAUCAACUUUGCUUUAAAAUAGUUUUUACCCUAGUAAUUGUCAAGCAUUUUAGAAGACAAAAAAAAGUGAACUGACUGGAAUAUUCAGGCAAAUAUGGAAAAUGUGGGGAAAAGGCUCUAUUUUUGGACAGAAUCUCUUCAAGCAGUGAGAGCUUGAGUGUGAAUAGAUUGUGCUUGGCAGAGAGAUGUUAACCUCAGUGCCUCGUGCUGUGCUGCUGGUAGUUUUGGAGGCUGACUGGCCUGAAGGAGAGAAGACGUACGCUUUUUUGCCAGAGGUGCAAGGACACAAGGGACCUAAGCUUCAGAGAGCUGCUCAUUCUGCCCACAAGAACUGUAUUCAAUCCACUUUACUUCUUUUUUUGUUACCUGCAUACAUAUCCUGUGAAAUGCAAGGAAUGGACAUGAUUUAUUAAGGUUUGACGUCAGCUUACAUUGAAGGCUUUGUACUGUUUUUAUUUGAGAUUGAGCAUCUCUGUCCUAAAAGGACAUGGUGAUGGGGGCGACCUUGAAUUCUCCUGAGAAACAAAAGUUUUGCGAGGGAGUGCAAAAGCAAAUAUCAUUUUUUUAUAUGAAGUGAAAGAGAAAAGUAUAUUUCAGUGAUCACCCACUCAGUUUCUCAGCAAAACUUACAAGAGAGUUUCUUGAGAGAAUGCAAAAGUUUUGCUGGAGAAUGAAAAAUCUUUGACAUGUAGAUUUUACUCCCAGUGUCAUAUUUCUCAUAUUUUUUUCCAUCACUAUGUCCCUGUCCCCAAAGGACUUCAUGGGUUCUAGCAACAUUAGAAGCACAACUAUCAUCAUUCAAGCAUAUACAAAAUAGCAUCUCUUUAUCAAAAGCAUAUCACUUUGAAUUUUCUCACCUCAUGAGAUUAAGCUGUCUGCAUGGGGUAAGUAUGCCUAUCCAUCCUUGACGGCAGACCUGUCUUUAAAACUGUUGCAGUGACAUUUUUACCAAUUCUUAAUGGGUUGUAUGUGCGGUUCCUCUCUGAACGAUGUUUAUUGGGUGCUACUGACUAAACUACCACAUUAUAGCUCUUUCUGCCUUGUAAUUGGUACCAGAUUUUUAUCAAAAGCUACUGAACCACACAAGUGCCAGAACAUUGAAUAUGUCCAAAUCAUCCAUAGGACUGAAGGUUUCAUCCCAGUCACAUGAAGAUGAAAGCGCAUGAGUUUCAAUGACAUAUUUAAUGUACCGUGUUGAAUUGCUCAACCCUUUCUGGGAGAGAAGGGUUUUGCUGCUGAAGAACACCACGUUAUUAUUUCUAUCAUUUAUAUUUUGGUUGGUUUAACUAGUCAGAUGUGUGAAAUUGUGUGAAACUUAAUGGCAGACAAAAAAGUUUUAGUUUGAAAAUGGCUUUCUGGUUUUAAGGUAAUGCAGUGAUCUCCCCUCAAAGGUGCUAAGAUGAGACAUUUUACCCAUCAUUAUAAAAUUGUAUUAUUUUAACACUGACUGUUUUUUUCUUUUUUAAUGAUUAAAGAGCACAUCAAAUUUAUGUUUCUGUAGCACAAUGAUUAGAAACUGAGUUUAUCUCAGUUACAAGAUACUUUUAAUGGUAUGCAUUACCAAAAAGCAAUUCAUAAGUGAAAUUAAUAUUCAUGAGAUUAUAGAUGGAAAUUUGGUUUCCAUGUCUUAAAUGGAGUCUUGCCUGAAAAUACAAUCAAUUUUGAUAAAUGACAAAUAAUCACAAUUUUAAAGGAAAUGUUCUAAGAAUGUUAAUGAUGUGACUUUCUCGAUAUGAAGAUCUCAUCUUGUCCUCGGUUUUCUGUUCAUAUUUGUCGUAUUAUAAAUGUAUUCGCCUAAAUAAGGACUUUACAAAAUUCAUUUAACCCUCAACUGUCUUGCACUUUUACACAUUUUUCGUAAGCCUUACCACUACUUGUCAUCAGUCCUCUUUUCUGUCCAAAAAAUAAAUAAAUUUGUUUUUGGGUCACCUCAGUUCCCCUAUGAUGAAGCAUUAAGGCAAUUUGUUAAUUCCUCUGUAGCAUGUUUUAAUAAAAACUAUUGUUUUUCUGUAA